AUGGUAACACCUUGCACGACACCGUCUUCAAAGCGCUCAUGAAAUGCCAAAUUAAAUCGACAAAACACGAUGCAACCCCCAUUUCAACAUCUAUUCAAAAUUCAUCACUUACCUUUAUCUUGCUGACUUUCCUACCUAUUUUUCCUCUUCUCUGCACCAUAAUUUGUGGGGCUCUACGCAACUUGCAUAGUAAGCAUAUAGGACUACUCGGCUCUACUUAUUGUAGAGUUAACAAAAGCAUUGUAAUGUUCAAAGUGGAUGUCAUAAUCUCAGUAGACCGGGAAGAUUUUAAAAUGAGUGUUUCAUUCAUAAAUUCGUGCAAACUUACCUUCAGGCAGUGCAAAUACAAACGGAAGGCAGAAGACAACCAGUGCAGUGCUGAAGGGCUAUACACUACUGUUUGAAAGUUUGGGGUCAAUAAGAUUUUUUUUUCCUGCAAUUGAUUAAAAACAGUAAAAAACUGUAAACCAUCAAAACCUGUUCUUUGAUAACAAUAAAAAUGUUUCUUGAGUGCUAAAUCAGAAUGAUUAGAAUAUUUUCCAAAGGAAGACUGAGUAAUGGCUGCAGUGCUAAAAGUCAGCUUUGCAUCACAUUAAUAAAUUACAUUUUAAAUUAUAUUCAAAUAGAAAGAAAAACGUUUUAUAUUGUAAACAUUACUGUUUUUUUUGCCGUAUUUUUGAUCAAAUAAAUGCUGCCUUAGUGAGCAUAAGAGACUUAUUUUAAAAACAUCAGUAAAGCCCUAAACUUUUGAAUAAUUUUAUUUUUUUAGUCUGAAGACACAUUUGAAACCAAGGCAUUUUAAAUAAAGUUAUGAAAUAAUGCAUUUAAAAAAUGCAUGCUCUGUAAUGUCAAUGGCAAAGUUUAAGGCUACACUGAUGCAGCAUCAGGACCGCUUUGCCUCUGCAAACAGUAUACUGUACAUCUACGUGUCAUUGUGUAUUUAGCCUACACAGAAUUUAGAGCAGACUCAGAGCAGUAUAGAGACGCCUUAAAUGAUGCUGAGAGCAUCCUCCUCCUCCUCAUCAUCUCCAGUGCUGAUCUCUGGGCAGAAGGGGGUGUGUUCUCAUCACAGCGCUGGAAAUCCCCCCAUUAGUCACAUAAAAGCGACCCGAACGCCAGUUCCUCAUCAUAUUAAAGCUCGAUCCUGAGCCGAACGAGGACUUUAAACUAUGUAGGCACGGUGGACAGGGUUUAAAUGGGCAAUCUGAUGGGCAGCUGGAGAUACAAGGAGCCGUGCACAGUGGAAGAAUGCGACUCGACGUGGGAAACGGACUCGGAGAGCGACGAGCAUCAGCCGGGAGGAGAGGAGGAGGACAGCGGCAUCUCCGAAUCCAUGAGCCCGGCGGACGCAGUCAGAGGAGCCGAGCAGCUGGAUCACGGAUUACCGCAGUUUGGUGACAUGAUGGAGUCCACUACUAGGAUGAAAAGGAGCUUUUACGCCGCAAAGGACUUGUACAAGUAUCGGCACAGUUAUCCGAACUACAAGGAGCAUCGUCAGCCAAACGAAUACCGCAAUCUGAGGUUUUAUCUGAAUAAGAUCCCCCUGGUGCCGGAUGGUAUUUAUAUUGAAGAAAUCCUCACUAAAUGGAGGGGCGACUAUGAAAAAUUGGAGCACAAUCACACAUACAUUCAGUGGCUCUUCCCACUCAGAGAACAAGGCCUAAAUUUUUAUGCUCAAGAACUCACUCAGGAUGAGAUAAAGGAAUUCCAAAGCACUCGAGAAGCCAAGAGACGCUUCCUCCUAGCAUAUACAAUCAUGUUGGAUUUCUUUGGAAUCAAGCUUCUGGAUAAAUACGGGAAUGUGGCUCGGGCCCCAAACUGGCAAGAUCGCUUCCAGCACCUGAAUGAGUCGCAGCACAAUUAUCUGCGUAUUACUCGCAUUCUGAAGAGUCUUGGUGAACUGGGCUUUGAAAGCUUCAAGCUGCCUCUGGUGCGUCUGCUGUUGGAGGAGGCACUAGUGGAGGGCACUUUACCCAACAUGCGUCACAGCGCACUGGAAUACUUCGUCUACACACUGCGCCAACACGCUCAGAGACGCGCCCUGCUCCGCUUCGCCCAGCGCCACUACCAGCCGCCCGAGAACUUCAUCUGGGGGCCACCCAAGAAGAAGCGCAUUCCAGCCUCUGGAUCCGCAGUGAUGAAGACAGGAAAAAAUGAGGUGGUGGAGAGGAGUGUGGGCAAAGCCAGGUCACCUAGGGAGGGCAGAAAUAACUUAGAGAGAGAGGCGGACGACAUGGACGAGAGGAAGAGUGGAGAGUGGAAAACAGCAAAAGGGUCCAUGGUCCUGCAGGAGGUUAGGGGAAGGGUAGAUCUAGAAGAAUACAUUGAGACCAUUCCUCUAUAAGAAUAUAAAGAGAGAGAUUGUGGGAAUUCUGGAGUAGCUUAAGCUGAGCUUAAAGUUAAGUAAAAGAAUGGCACAGCAAUAUUAUUCCAUACUAUUGCCUUUUAGAGACUUGCUUUGUGAACAACUUGACUGUUUGCCAUUUUGAUUCUUUUUAUUAUUAUCAAUAUGAGGUGUUUUUCUUAACUCUGAAUACUUUUCAAAGUGUUAGCAGAUGAAUUUCUCUACCGUAAUUCUUACUUGCAGCCCUCUGGAGAGUUCUUAGCGCAUGUACAAAUGUGAUAAGUGCUACCUGAGCACUCUGUUCGUGUGAAAUUUUGCACUUUUUGACUAUUCAGUCUUCCCCUGUGAGAAAAUAUUAUCUUAGUCUACCGGCUUUGAGAUGAGGCUUUAUUUGCUAAUCAUAAGCCUGUCUCUCCGACAGACGUGUGUUCUUUUGCGUGUUCAGAGCUCGCUGAUGUUUCUUACAACGGAUUCUCGUAGCUCAUUGUAACAGAUUAUAAUAAUGUGAAGUAAGUGUGAAUAUACUUACAGGAAUUUUCAGGUAAUUGAUCUUCCAUGUUUCUAUAGGUACGUGUGAGACUUUAAUCCAGUUUUCUCUAAUAUGUCUUGCAAUAUAAAGUGCCUCUUCUUUCGUUUGUUAAAGCAUAUGUGACGUGCUUUAUCAUUUCGAGUCAGAAGUCGCGCAGUAAGCCGUUUGUGGAAAAUCGCAAUUAUAAGUAAAACAAACUUGAAUUUAGACUCUUUUGUGUUUUAUGUUCGUUUUUGAUAAAACAAAGCCUUAGCUCUUAUUUUUAAAUGAGAAUUUAAACGGUAAAUGUCGUUUUUACGCUACUUGUGACAGAUCGUAACCGCCCGAGUUCAAACGGCGGCAUUUACCGCUCAUUACAGUAGGCUACUAGUUAAAGCACAUCAGAAGGUAUAUUAAAAGUGUAUUUAUGUUAAAAAUGUUAUUAUGUAAUCGGCGAAGACAUCGGUAAAACAGCUUUUAAACAACAUGGUACGUAGCCUAAAAUUCACCUUAGGAAUGUCCACUCGUGAGUUGGAAAAAAGUAGGCCUAAAUAAUAAUAGUUGAAUAUAUGCACAAUAUUAUAAACUAACAUUUACAUUUUUAGGCUGUUAUUUAUGUAUUUAGAUGCCUUUUUCUUAAAAACAGGUUUGACAGCCACCGUUUAAAUGAUUAUAUCUCGAGAAUUGUUUGAAAGAUAAUGGUGAUAACAUUAGAAAACAGAGCUUUUUCAUUCAGUGCAUAUAACUCAAAAUGACUCAAAGUGUCUUUCUCUAAUCAUACUUACAGUGUUUAAGUGUGGACAAUCAGGGCUAUUGAUCGUCACUAUCCACAUAGGAUACAAAUAAAUGAGUGUUUUUAUUAGCAAAUAUUAAUUAAUAUGGCUCACGCAUGUUACGUGUGUUUGUUCCACACUGCUGUUUCAGAGUGUACCCAGAGGGCUAGACAAUACCUCCACAGCACAGGCGUGUGUGUGUGUGUGUGUGUGUGUGUGUGUUACGCGCUUCUGCCUUUUUAGUUUCUAAUGGCACACAAACAGCAAAAAUUUCAGGAAAUACUAAAUCCCUUCUUUCUUGUGAUAGUGGCUGAAGUCCGUCUUCCCUUUUCUCUUUUGGAUUAAACGAUGAAGGUUCUCUCAGUCUUUCCCCUCAGUCAAUAUUUAGAUUGAGCACACUUUUCUGUUUUCCAUCUAACCCAGUUCAUACCCUGGGGUUCAUUAAAUGCCAGCUAUCUAAAUGUGUGAGAGUAAUGCAUGGAAAGAGGGUUAACAUUCUGCUUCAUUAUUUACUUCAAACGGACAGAUAAUUCUUCUGUCCAAAACCUGAAAAACCAUAGUUGUCCUGUCUACUAAGAUGCCUUCAUCUCAGUUUUUGAAUUCAACACAGAUGUGCAUUGCAAUAUUCCACAAUCCUGUGCAUGGCAGUUGGUGAAAAGAAAAAAAGACAGAUUGAAAGAAGUACAUUUAUUCAUAAAUGUCUUCUACUAGAAAUAAGUAUUAAUAUUUGCUUGCCUAUCUCGUAGGCUCAAUUGAAUUUCUUGAAGUUGCUGAUUUUUAGAUGUGAAGUUAUAAUGCUUUGGAAGUCAGUCUGAAACCAAUUUUCUUUAGGAGGUACUUUUAUACAAAAAUAUUGCCUUUAAGUCAAAAUAGGCAGCGAAACUUAGGUUUCAGACUUCUAUCCUGUUUGGAAACAAAUAGCCAUCUUCUCUUUGUUCAUCUGAAGAGCCUGUGGUUCUAAAAGACUGUUGAAUCUACAUCUCAGUAUUUCAGUGUUUCUUGUGCCAUAAUUGUGUGGAAACAGUUUGACUGGCGACAUGUAAGGCGCCUUAAGUGUUUAUAACUUAUAACUUUGUUGAGAAGUGAUCAUUUGUAAUCAAAGGAGAUGUGACAUUUGGAAGUUCAUAUUUGGACCUUUCUAUUGUGGCCUACUGUAUAAUAAAGUGCAGCUCUUUGACGAA